AGUGGUGUCGGUUGAGGUUUCCGAUCUAAUGCGAACAUCCCGCGAUGGUUACAGCGUAUGACAUCCUGAAAAAUUCGGCUUUCAAGAAAAUCCGUGAUAGUUUAGUGGCUAGAAUUACCGCUUGUCGCGCGGUAGACCGGGGUUCAAUUCCCCGUCGCGGAGUUUUUUUUUUGCAUCAAGUCGAUGUCACUUUGAGGUGAUGAGUACCUUGGUGAGGAAGCCACUUGUAAGGUAUUAGCUAUUAGGUGUGUGUUGCUAUAGCGUCAUUUUACUGAUGGUGUGUGAC